UAAAGGUUCAUACUUGCAUUCUCUCAAAAUUUUCAAAACAAUUUUAAGUUUAACAUUUUUUGGGAAAAUAUAUCGUAGCAUGCGCAAGUCGGAGACGCCACACGCUAUCCACAUCGACGUUGAAAAAGACAUGAAGAAAAUUACAGAUGCGCAUUGCGAUUGUAAAGCUGGGUAAUCAAUGAAUUAUAUCUACGAUUUUUAAAUAUAUUAUAUGCUUACUUAAUAACACCUUCAUUGAAAUAAUUUUCCAUUUACAAGUCUGUUAUCAGUAACUCCGACCGAAUUUGUUUUCUUCGUCAAGUUCCGGUGGAAAAUGUGCACAUGUUUUGGCAUUGAUAAUGAUGAUCGAGUCCUGGAAGAUGCGUGGGUAUAGAGAUAUUCCUACAGAACCCUCAUCAACAAGUCUACCUCAACAAUGGGAUAAACCAAGAGGCCCCAAAAUUAAAGCUGAACUAGUCUAUCAUAUUGUUAUUGCAAGACCUGGUAAUAUUAACAGGAACAGGAAUCCAGUUAUGGCUACCUAUACUGACAUCAGAAAAAUUAACCUGAAAGAGUCUCACAUUCUCAUAUUGAAAAACCAUGUGUCUGCACCAAUAUCAUACAUUGUAUCAGCAACAAGCCAAAUGGUUGAUCCUGGUCAAUCACAACAGCCACUUCGAUCAGCAUUAUCAUACCAUGCUCCCUUGAUAACACUCAUUGAACAACCUCGUCCUGAAGGAGCAGAUGUUUGUGGGCAGACAAAUUUUCCAAAGCCAUACAUGAUGCUUCACCUUGAGAGUACUGGACUUUUUGACAAAAAACACAACUGGCAAGACCUUAAUGUAUCAAUUGAAAGUUGUGUAGAGAUUGAACAAAGCACCAAAGGUCAGAGCAGCAGUGCAAGAUGGUUUGCAGAAAGGAAGGGACGAAUUACCGCCUCUAAUUUUGAUUCUAUCAUGAAUAGAAAAAAGGAAAUUAAUGACAUAUUUGUUAGAAAUAUUUUUGACAAGAAGUCUUUUAAAUCAGCAGGCCAAUGAAAAAACUGCAAAACAAAUGUACAUAAAAAGUUCUGGAAACCAUAUACAUGAUGUUGGAUUAGUUGUAAAUCCCCUUUUCCCAUUUUUAGGUGCAACACCAGAUGCCAAAAUCUGUGAAAAAUCUUUGACAGGUAUUCUUGAAAUCAAGUGCCCCUAUUCAGUAAGAGAUUCUACUUUGCUGGAAGCUUGUGAAAAUCAAACAUUUUUUCUAAAAAAAACUUAUGAAAAUCCAGUUUUAAAAAUCAAAUGCUUGUUAUAUCACUUUAAUAGCGAACACAGUUAAUACAGGAGUGGACUUAAAUAAUGAUUUAUAUAAAACCCAGGGAAAACACUAAACUUUCUGCAAUUUGAUUAAAAUCGGUUCCUCGAUCCGCUCCUUUAUUUCUUUCGCUACUCGAGUAGCGACAAAACAAAAGAAAUAAAGGAGCGGAUCGAGGAGCUGAUUUUUAUCAGAUUGAAAUUUCUGCUACCUAAAUUCUAUGUACUGAGUAUUUGGCAAAUACCAUUAUGGAUUUAAAUUGAAUCUGAUCAAAGUAUGAAAAUUACAAAAUCUACAUGUAGCUGUGCUCGCUCAAACGGUAGUACCGUCAACGUAUUAUUGAAGUGUUUUUGAAAUGCACAUGAUUCAUACAAAUCUAAUAGUCAGCUACGAUUGCAAUUUUUAUUUUACUUUUUCAUUUCAGUGUAAACAGGGCGUCACUAAUUAUGUAGUUCGUGGUUGUUUAGAAAACACACUAGUAUCACUAGACCUAAACUGUCCACACGACUGGUGUACUGUAUGUAUGUGCAAUGAUUCUUGACAAAAUGGACGAGAAACGCGAGUCUCAAUCAGUCUAGUGAAUCAAUCUAUUGGUGUAUAAUAUAAUAAUAACUAUCAAAUAAAUGCAUUCGUUCAUCAUUAUUAUCAUACCUUUGUACAUACAUAAAAGUGCUUUGAUUUAUUUCGAUCUCUCAAAAGAUCCUCGUUAAGUUGGUAGGUAGGCCUGCCGCAAAGUUUAAUCCACCGCUUGCAUUUCUCAAGAUUUGUCGCCGGUUUGGGAAACGGGAUGAAUUUAACCCCCCCCCCCCCCC